UCCCCUUGGCAACCACAGGGCUCCUCGGAGCAGGGGCUGCUAUUUACACACCAAAAAAAGAAGUCGGAGGGCGACAGCUGUCGAUGGAAGCUAUAAAGGCAGCUCGCGGUGGCCCCCCAAGGGAGAUGUCUAAGUCUAGAGGCCCUAGCCAAGCUGGCAAUUACGGCCCUAGCAGCUACAGAACCUCAGCCCCGGCACCGGGGGGAGCCAAGCAGUACCCACCAAUCACUGCCAAAAUCAAGGGGCCAGGGUCUGGGAAAUAUGGCCGGCAGCCUUGCACUGGCAUCAGGAACCACGACUUCACCAUGUUUGCUGAACCCGCCUACACGAUGCGAAUCAAACACUCGGAGAAAAUGUUGGCUGACACUGUCAGUCCCGAUGCCUACUUCGUAGACCCUCACCUCUCCCGCUUUGGGUGGUGGACACCACCGUCCUUCCGCAUGGAGAACCGGGAGAAGAGUCUAGGUUUGAUGAUCAUGCCUGCCCCAAAUGCAUACCACCCAGAGAUGGUGCAUCCGCAAGGGGAACCCAACGCGCCAGCUUAUUCCUUGGCGGACCGCACUCGUUUCCGGGAGAACGAUCCCAACCCAGCUGCCAAUGCUUAUACCCUCCCCGGGAUGCUGGGCCCCGGACUUCCCAUCAAGCCAUCUGCUCCCUGCUACAGCAUGGCCUCCAAAGUGGACUCAGCGCUACUGGCGAGAGGCCCUGGCCCAGCAGCUUUUACUGUGCCUGAACCGAAUGUCUACUUGCACCGGCAACCUGCCUACAGCAUGUGGAGAAAGCACACGUCCGUAAGGGACUCUACGCCGGGGCCAGCUGACUACGAGACCAGCCGUAUCACCGUCACCAAGCCGAGGGCUCCAGACUUCAGCCUGGGGAUCCGGCACUCUGAGUACCUCUCCCCCUUGGUUAUUGAUGUUAUGGAGUGAGCCAGGCCACUACUCCAGGCCUGUUCUGACCCCGAGGCUGGGCCGUGACCAUGUGACCACAGCAUAUCACUGUGUAUUAGCUCUAGCAGCCACGGCGCACUGGGGGCCGGAGCCAAAGCCCACCCAGUCAAUGGCAAGACUCCUGGUGAUUGCCAUGGGCUCUGGAUCUGCUGCUCGGCGUGAGUGGCUCGCCGUGUGAUAUGGGCUGCGCUGUGCCAGGGCCAACCCCACCCCUACCCCACCCUGUCACUGAACGCUUCGCUCUUGUGUUUUCUUUGCCAAAGAACUCAAUAAAGCCUGUUUAUUUUUAGCCCAGUUUUAGGGGGAUGGGGUGAGGAGUCGUGCUGUCACAUUGAGCUUGCCAGCCCUCCGCAGGCAGGCAGAGUCGGCCAAAUAAGGGAACGCUGAGCCAAGCCAGAGAAACAUGGCUCCCUGCGUUCUUCAAGAGGCUGGCCCCUAGUGGAGGCUGCUGCGUGACGCCCCUCAGGGCGAGACAUGCCCAUGCUCUCUGGGGGAUGAGGUGGGCCGCCGGCGACUGAGUUCUUACUCCUUCCCUGCACUCCAGCAGUGCUCAGAGCUGCCCCGCCGGGGAGAUAUUUACAGCUCCCUGAUUCGGC